GGAGAAUGAUCUUUUGUCACUUCACUUUGUUACAAAACACAUAAAAUGACUCAUUUUCAUCCUCAUUGUCUCUUCAUAUCAGUUCUGUUUGUUGUGGUAUCAGCCUGCAGAGCUGGUUUGCCAGUGUUUGAGGCUCUGACUGCCACUCAACAAGAAGAAGUUGCUCUCCCCUGCUCUGAUCCACACUUGACAAAUCCAAACAACUCCUCCAGAAUAAGAUGGACAAAGCUUGGCAGUAAUGGCCAGAGGGAUGUUAUUCUUGUCAGGCCUAAAUCAUCAAACAUCCAGGAUGCCGAGAGAGCCAAAUGGAAAACUGAUGGUCGAGGACAAAUGUCUCUUUACCUGACAAACCUACAGAUGUCUGAUAAAGGAGUGUACAUCUGUGAAAUCUGUCAAGGAUGGGACUGUUCACCUGUCAAAAACAUAACUUUGAUAAUAAAAGAGUGCAAAGCCCUGCAGGCUGUGAGCGCAACACCUGGAGCAUCUGUAAACCUGUCCUGCUCAGAAAACGUGACAUCAGGGCAACAAAGAUCCCUGAACAUCUCAUGGGUAAUGUCAAAAGGAAUGAACAUUGUUAAUAUUACAUCUGCAACAGCUGAAAUGAAUGGCUCAUCAUUAACUAUCCGGUCUGUGAGAGACAGUGACAGUGGUUGGUACAGAUGUAAUUACAUGCUUGGACAAAAUCAUCGCUGCAAUGAAAUCAGACUUCAAGUUGGAAACAUUGUUGUGGCCACACCAUCACAAUCACCAGCACAACUUACCCAGCUAACCACUAAGACUAUUUUGGAACCCAGCACGGACGAGGGCAAUGGAGCAGUUAUUGCAGCUAUUGUUUGCUCGGUCAUUAUUGGGAUUGCCAUAAUAGCUACUCUGAUACUAAUCAUGUACUGCAGACUUAACAACACCCAGAGAGCUGCUCAGUACACAUGUCGGCACCUUGAAGAGCCAGAUGCUGCCUAUGAGACUGUGGCUUUUACACCUGCAAAUGAUCUACCAAAUGAACGAGUCAACAGCCUUUACAGUAACCAGGAUGAAAACUUGUGUACUUUCCAUUAUUAGUACCUCUCUGUGGAAGACAAUGAAGAUUCUCUGGGAUUUACUGUUUCAUCAACUGUAUUUUGCCUGCAAAUUCCCUUCAUAUGUUUUCAUAUUAAGGAAUAUAGACAAAUGCUGCUUUUUCACCAUUGACAAUCAUUCAUGCCUCCAGUUGGGCCUAUCAUCCAGCAGUGUCCUCCUGAAACCCAAGCUUUUAUUUAGAAUGCAUUUUUAGUUUCUCCUAUUUAUUUGGGAUAAUUUGGACCUGCUAAGUAUAAAACCUACUUCUUGUAUUUUAACAGGAAGUAGUUUUCACCCAAAAGUGCCUGAACAUGAGGACAGUAGACUUAUCAACAAAACCAAAUUAUCAUUUCUUUUCUUGUUCGAAGGCAUCUCAGUGAGACUUUCGGAAAAAGCGUAAAGAUUUAAACCUGGAAGUUUAAUCCGGUUUUAUUUUGAAAGUUUUAGCGUGUAUUUCCAUUCUGACAGAUGCAGCGUCCCACCAUUGGUCAGGAUCAAACAAUACUGGAUGGCAACCAACUUUUUAAGACAGAAUCAGGACAAAGCAGAGAUUCCAUUUGUGGGUCAAAAGAAUCUGACCAGUUCUUUCUUUUCUUACACCUCUGUCAAUAAAUCAUGUGGGUGUAAUUCGAGAUGCAGAUCUCAGUUUUCAAAAACAUGGAGCAAACAUUUUAAAGACAGCCCUCUUUCAUCUUGGAACAAUUUUAAUUGUCCUUACUUAACUUGACUACUGCAAUGCCCUUUUUUGCUGAUUAUUUUGACCCACUUAUCCUACAGCUUAUUCUAAAUGCUGCAAGUGUCUAAACUAACACCAAAAGUUCUGUGUGUAUUCUUAUGUUAUAGCUUCUCUUGAUUCUAAAAUACUACUUGAUUCCCGAACAAGUUUAUGUUAGGGCUAGGUUUGUGAAGAUUAUCAAGCCAAAGGCAAACAUCUGCCAUUAACACUGGUAGAUGUUAAUGACCAUUAUUUUAUAAUCAUAACAAGUUGCAGUAAUAAAUCUGAUUUUUCAAAUCCUGAAUCCAGGUCACACUGUGAAAAAAAUGAGUAAAAUCCAAAAAACAGUACAGGUUUGAAAUGUGGUCAAAAUAGGACUGGUAAAUUGGUAUAUCCUUUAUUAUAAGGCCAUACUAUUUGGACCAAAAUAAAGAAAUUACCUGGGAAUUAUCAAGCAGCUUUUAUGAAAAACAGUCAUCUUAAAAAUGACCUAAUAACUGGAGAAUUUCCACAAUAUUAUGAGGUAUUACUUGAUAAUUAAUACAUUAUUAGGUUAAAAACUUACUUAAUAAAGUCCAAGUUAUAACUAGGUAACUACCACUUUAUUAUUGAGAAAUACUAAAGAAUUAUACUCAUUGCUGUAAAAUUACCAUGUAAUUACUCUAAAAUGAAAUGGUAUUUACAAGGUAAUAAGGGCCCACUAAAAAAGUGUCACCAAAGUUUAUUAUGAAAUAAAAAGAUAGAUAAAAUGGUUUCCAAAAUUCACUGUAUUGAUCUAUUGAUAUAGUUUGCUUUGAUUAAAUAUUUGUUGACAUAUAUCGUCCAUCAAAACUACAUUUUCAUUUUACAUUUGCCCUAUCUUCUCAAAACAUAACAAAACAGCUUUUGCUGAUUUGACGGGCUGACUUGACAGGAAACACCUGCAGCUGCUCUGUUUAUAGGUGUAAAAGGCUCAUUUCACACUGAUGUAUCUGUCCCCACACUAAGAUCUAAAAUUGUCUCAUUGCAUCGUGAAUCUUUUUUCUGCACUGGACUUAAGUCUUAUCUCUGACGAAGCACAUAGCCAAUCAAACUUUAGAAUAAUAGGGUAACUAUUGGGAGUCUUGCCUAAAAUCCAGAUCAGCUUGUGGUGAAUUCUUUACCACAUGAAGGUAUGCUGAAACAGAAUCAUCUUUUAAACGCAGAAUAAAGCAUAUUACAGGCUGAGGCUUAAUCUUCAGUGGGUAAAUCUUGCCCUUUAUUUUGGAAUUUCCAUCCCUAUUUAGGUUUUCAUUCCUACUCCUUUGUUGCUAUCUAAUUUCCUUGUGUGUUUUCAUUGUAUAUGAUUUUUGUCUACUUUUAUUUUGAAGCUAAUAUGCUUGUUUGAGGAAAUAUGCAGUAUAAAUAAACUUGACUGUAAAAAAAGCAUGUCUGACUGAUAAAUGAUAAUGAUUGAAAAGUCAUAAGCUUUGUUCAGCUUUUCUGUCUGUUACAAGAAAAUAUCACCUCAAAAAGACACCAUGUCAAGGUAAAA